AUGACCCUGGCCCAAAACUGCUCCGGUUUCCGCACUUGCUCGCAGUGCCUGGAGCAGCCCGAGUGCGGCUGGUGCGGGGACCCCACCAGCACCGGGAAGGGCCUGUGCAUGGAGGGCUCCUACAGGGGCCCCAUGAAGAGACCGUCCAAACAGGGUCAACAGGGUCAGACCACGGACAUGAACCUGGAGCCCGGACUCUGCCCCAAAGACAAAGGCUUCGAGUGGGCCUUCAUCAACUGCCCCGCCUGCCAGUGUAACGGCCACAGCACGUGUGUGAACGUCAGUGUGUGUGAGCAGUGCCGGAACCUGACCACGGGCCCCCACUGUCAGACCUGUAUGCCCGGUUUCCAUGGCGACCCCACCAACGGAGGAAAGUGCCAAGCCUGCAAGUGCAACAGUCACGCAAAUGUUUGCCAAGUUCUAACUGGAAAAUGCUUCUGUACGACCAAAGGGAUCAAAGGAGACCAGUGCCAGCUUGAAACGUCUCCACGGCAACAGACGACGGCGGCUCCGGCCUCUGCGGCGGCGGCUCCAGCCUCUGCAGCGGCGGCUCCGGCCUCUGCAGCGGCGGCUCCGGCCUCUGCGGCGGCGGCUCCGGCCUCUGCGGCGGCGGCUCCGGCCUCUGCGGCGGCGGCUCCGGCCUCUGCGGCGUAA